CAUCUACCCCUCAACCAUCCGAGACGGAACCAGAUUCAAGUUUCUCGAGACCACCAUUUGCAAAGGUAUCAUUACUUCGCCAAGCCUCUCUUACAUCUGCAGUAUCUACACCAGGAGAGAAUCUGAACAGCAAUAAUAAUAAUACACCGCGUGAAAUAGAAUCAUCAGUAGCAAAUAGUCCUGACAUAGAAGAGGAAGAAGAAGGAAUGGAAGAGGUCGAGGAAUAUGAAUAUGAUGAACAACCGGAAGACUAUGGUGAGCGAACAGAUGAAUAUGAGAGACAGAUUAAUGAAUACCCUGAUGCGGUUGAAGAAUAUGGAGAACAAAAUAGCGAAUAUGAAGGACCUAGUAGUGAUUAUGGUGGACCAUCCACGGAUAGUGAAUACGAUGAACAAGCAAGCGAAUAUGAGGAACAAACAAGCGAAUUUAUGGAACAAACGGAAGAACAGUCAGAACACAUACCAUAUCAAGGACAGGUAACCACGCAAAUGACAGCGUACAUAGACCCGGAUAAGGAAAUUUUAGCAGAGACAAAAAGCACAGAAGAUGGAGAGAUCGAAGAAGGAUAUGAAUAUUUGGAAGAUUUAUGA